CGGGGCCUCCGGGCGGGGCGGGGCCGAGGACACGAUGGGGCGGAGCCUGGGGAGACCUGCGGGGCGGCAUGGGCCACCGCACUCUGGCCUCCGCCCCCGCCCUGUGGUCCUCCAUCCCCUGUCCUCGCUCUGAGCUGCGCCUGGACCUGGUUCUGCCCUCAGGACAGUCCUUCCGAUGGAGCGAACGGAGCCCCGAGCACUGGAGCGGGGUGCUGGCCGGCCAGGUGUGGACGCUGACGCAGACCGAGGAGCAGCUGUUCUGCACCGUGUACCGCCCAGACUCGGGCCGGGCGGGCAGGCCCACGCCGGAGGAGCUGAAGGCCGUGCACCGGUACUUCCAGCUUGACGUCAGCCUGGCCCAGCUCUAUCGCCAUUGGGGCUCCGUGGACCCCCACUUCCAGAAGGUGGCGCAGAAAUUCCCAGGUGUGCGCCUCCUGCGGCAGGACCCCGCGGAGUGUCUUUUCUCCUUCAUCUGCUCCUCCAACAACAACAUCGCCCGCAUCACCGGCAUGGUGGAGCGGCUCUGCCAGGCCUUCGGGCCGCAGCUCGUGCAGCUGGACGACGUCACCUACCACGGCUUCCCCAGCCUCCAGGCCCUGGCCGUGAUGCUCAGAGAUGCUGGUUCUGCACUCAGGAAUUCCUCCUGGCAGCAAUUGAGGGACUGUGUGGGAUGCCGGGGAAUCAAGCCCAGGAAUCACUCCUGGUGGUGCUCCGAGGAUCCUCUGGGAUGUCAGGGGCUAGAACCCGGGUCAGCUGCGUGCGAGGCAAAUGCCCUACCUGCUGUCCUGUUCACUCCACCCCCCAACCUCAUGGCCGGCCGUGGAGGCUCAGCUCCGGCAGCUGGGCCUGGGGUACCGCGCCCGCUACGUGAGCGCCAGCGCCCGGGCCAUCCUGGAGGACCAGGGCGGGCUGCCCUGGCUACAGCAGCUGUGCGAGGCGCCCUACGAGGAGGCCCACCGGGCCCUGUGCACCCUGCCCGGGGUGGGCACCAAGGUGGCCGACUGCAUCUGCUUGAUGGCCCUGGACAAGCCCCAGGCCGUGCCCGUGGACGUCCACGUGUGGCAGAUCGCCCAGCGGGACUACGGGUGGCGCCCCAGCACCAGCCAGGCCCAGGGGCCCAGCCCACACGCCAGCAGGGAGCUGGGUGACUUUUUCCGGAGCCUGUGGGGACCUUACGCCGGCUGGGCCCAAGCGGUGCUGUUCAGCGCCGCCCUGCGCCAGCCCCGGCCCGCGCGGAAGCCCCCGGCCAAGCGGAGGAGGAGAGCCGGGCCCGAGGGCUGAG